UAGCUUUAUUUAAUUAACUAUUCUAUGGGUUUGUUCCAUACAAAAGCGGGUGGCAAAUUUUAAAUCAUCUUUUUAUUUUCACCUUUUGAUGUUCCAAACCAAUAUAUGGACAUUGAGAACAACAACAACAACGAGGAGGAGGAAGUUAUGCACACCGUUUAUAUUUGUUACGACAACAAUGAUUCAUCAGUUUCCUCCUUCAUCGACUACCUUAAAGCUACUUUCAACCGCCAUGGGAUCUAUGAGCUUGACGAUGAGAGCGAUAUUUUCUCCGACCUAAUCAGGGUUCUUGUUGUGGUCUUUUCGAGGAAUUACACGUUCUCUGUGCCGGAGAAUCUCGUGAAUCAUCUUAACAACAAAGACCUUGUGGUAGUUUCGGUGCUCCAUGGUGUCAGUGUAACAUUUGUGACCAGAAGAUUGCGGUGCUUGAGCCGUGGUCUCGUGUUCUACUAGAAUCAGCUGUGUUGCCAGGUCACAUUCAAAAUGACGAUCAAAGUGAAUCUCUAUUCAUGGAGGAAAUCGCGAGGGAUGUGUUUGAGAAGCUUUAUCCAACGGAAGAGAUUGGGAUUCACAGGAGGCAAGUUGACAUUGAAAACUUGCUAUGCAACCAGUCAUGGGGCCUCCGCACUCUAGGCAUUUUUGGUGAGCCUGGCAUUGGAAAGACUACUCUAGCUAGAGCCGUGUUCCGGAGAAUGCCCGGUGGCUAUGAUGUUUCUUGCUUCAUCCAAGAUUUUCACGAAGAAUAUAGUGAAAAGAGACUUGGACCAGUUUUGUCUGAAGAAUACUUAGGUGAGACUCCAGUGGAAAAGUUUGACCUAAAUCCUUCUCCUUCAGAGCCAAGCCACCGUCGAAAAAGAGUUCUCAUUGCUCUAGAUGAUGUGCGAAAUGCUAAAGACGCCGAGUCUUUUCUUGGUGGUGGAUUCGGUCCAGGGAGCUUGAUUAUUAUAAUCUCAAGAGAUAAACAAGUACUUGACCAGUUCGGUGUAAAUGAGAUUUAUGAGGUUCGAGGUCUAAACCAAGAAGAUAGCAUGAAGCUAUAUACAAGGUGUGCCUUUGGAAAAGAUGUGACCGAGCAGAAUCUUUUAGAGUUUUCAAUGAAAGAGAUUAAAUGUGCUAAUGGAAACCCAUUAACUAUUCGCGCACAGGCCUUAAAGAGAAAAACGGAACGUGCAUCACUGAGCAUUCACGAUGUAUGGUACUCAUGCGACGACCUCGAGCAUAAUACAUCAAUGUGGACUAUUCCCAACGAAGAAGACGAUGAACCUCAAGAAUGGUAUCCAUGUUAUGAAACUGAGCUUCCGUCGCCUGAAAAUGUUGUCUUGGUACAUUUGAUGAUGAGAGAUUUUAGACAUUUUAUCGAAUCUACAAGACACUUCGUCAAGUUAGUUAAGACUAGAAUCAUUAUAAAUAAGAGUUACAUCAUGUGCAUAGUGGUGUCUUUUGUUUUUGGUUGGCUUUGGAACUUUUUUGGGAAAUGGGAGAGUUUGGGGUUUCCAGGACAAACCUUGAUUUACUUGGUUCUUGUUUACGGUUAUCUCUCUGUUUUACUUAUUCUUUGAAUGUAUAUGUACGUUUCAUAGAUAUAAAAGUAAAUGAAACCGUUCAUAUUCUCAAUCUUGUUUAAAUUGAAACGUAAAUGCUUGUUUCAC